CGCGUGACCUGCAGCCACGUGACCUGCGCGGGGCGGGGCCGCCAGUGCCGUGUAGCUGCAGCCGCCGCGGGAGGCGUCCGCAACAAGAUGAAGCUCAUCAUCCUGGACCACUACUCCCAGGCCAGUGAGUGGGCGGCCAAAUACAUCAGGAACCGCAUCAUCCAGUUUAACCCAGGGCCAGACAAGUACUUCACGUUGGGGCUCCCCACCGGGAGCACCCCCCUCGGCUGCUACAAGAAGCUGAUCGAGUACUACAGGAAUGGAGACCUGUCCUUCCAAUACGUCAAGACUUUCAACAUGGACGAGUACGUGGGCCUCCCCCGAGACCACCCCGAGAGCUACCACUCCUUCAUGUGGAACAACUUCUUCAAGCACAUCGACAUCCGCCCGGAAAACACGCACAUUCUGGACGGGAACGCAGCCGACCUGCAGGCCGAGUGUGACGCCUUUGAGGAGAAGAUCCAGGCUGCGGGCGGGGUCGAGCUGUUUGUCGGAGGCAUCGGCCCUGAUGGACACAUCGCCUUCAACGAGCCGGGCUCCAGUCUGGUGUCCAGGACGCGGGUGAAGACGCUGGCCAUGGACACCAUCCUGGCCAACGCUCGGUUCUUCGAUGGAGAUCUCGCCAAGGUGCCCACCAUGGCCCUGACAGUGGGCGUGGGCACCGUCAUGGACGCCAGAGAGGUGAUGAUCCUCAUCACGGGCGCCCACAAGGCCUUUGCUCUGUACAAAGCCAUCGAGGAGGGCGUGAGCCACAUGUGGACCGUGUCGGCCUUCCAGCAGCACCCCCGCACGGUGUUCGUGUGCGACGAGGACGCCACCCUGGAGCUGAAAGUGAAAACCGUCAAGUAUUUCAAAGGUUUAAUGCUUGUUCAUAACAAGUUGGUGGACCCCUUGUACAGUAUCAAAGAGAAAGAAACAGAAAAGAGCCAGUCUUCUAAGAAACCAUACAGCGACUAGCCUGUGCCACUUCUAGUUCCCAGUGCCUCACUGGGACAGGCAGGUCUUUCUGGACAUUGUCUGUAGGAGGACAGAAUUGUAUUUCUUUAAUCUAGUACAGUUACUCCAGAUAAACGUGUGAACUUCCUUUUCUGGC